AUGCGCCAGAAUGCUUACUGCCCUCAUCCAACGCACCAAGCCACUCGUCUCGCCACCUCUCCACACGAUACAGAGCACCGCAAGACCGGUGCUCUCCCCCCUGCGCACGUCCGCUUCGAAUGCCCGGACUGUGGAAUCCCCGUGUCAUGCAGCGAGGAACACUACGUGAGCGACUACGAAAGCCACCUCGAGAUCUGCGACACGCUUCGGCAAAUCAACGAAGACGAUCACGAUUUGCUUUCAGGACGUUUGUUCCCUGAGUUCGAAUACCCUGGUCCGCAGGUAGCGGAGGAGGCGCAAGUAAACAUGAUGAACUGGGACACUCUGCUAUACUCGAGAGACUUCGCUGCAAUCAACGACGAUCGGAGUAUGAGACAGGCAACGCGGUUAUUGACAUAUCCGCUCAGCAUCGCUAGUGUCUUGCACGAGCUUAGCCCAUACAGUCUACGGGAUCGUGUGACGGCGGAGGGACUGAGGAGCUUGAGUGCGCUGAGGUACACGUUGCACCCGCCUCGUUCGGGCUCUGGCAUCACAAUCGCCGGACUGCGGCCCAACCCUCCGCCCGUGCGGCUGUUCAUUCUCGGUGCACGAGCGGAGUCCAGUCUCCCCCGAGAGGUGUGGAUCCAGCUUGCUCACCUGUUCCCCCGCGUGACCUUUCAUCUCAUCUUUAUCGGACCGGAAAGCAUGGCGAAUCGGGAGGCAGAGUUCCCCCUUCCACCCCGCACACCCCAGAACCCAUUCGGAGCAAUCGUUGAGACGGGGUUGGGCGGAGUGAUGAAGAUCUCCACAUAUGUCGACUAUUUCCACACUCUUCACGAGGCGCAAAUGUUUGCCCCAUACGACCCCUACUUCGACUGCUUCGUUCUCUUCCAUCCCGGACUGGGACAUCCAGCCAGCUCAUUCGAGUGGUCUGAGACACUCCCCCAACUCCUCGAGACGAAGGUGCCUAUCAUCUGCACCGGCUACACGGACUACGACAUGCGCAGGGACAUGGCAUGGGUGGAGAAGGAGGCGAGAGGGGAGAUGGACAUUGUGAUGAAAGCGGGGGAGAAUCGAUUUCGGAGCCUGCGCUGGGACCUCAACGAUGCCGAUCCGGGAGAUGUGAGCUGUGGGAACUGGGGCAUCUGGGGUUUCCGGGGGAAGCGAUACGAAGCGGACGAGUACAGAGGGGGUGGAAAGGCGGAGCAGCAGACGCGCUGA